UGAACGAAGGGAGGGCUAACCAGUAAUAGGAAGCGGGCGCAGGCGUCCAGGCAAGCGGGGCUGAGAGAGACGCAGCAAGCCCGGCGUGCGGAACGCCCGUCUGUCUCGGGAGCCGAAGGGGAAGCUCCCCGCUGGAGCGCUUUUGGAGUUUCCGCCCCAGGCAGAGAAAUGUUGCGGGCGAUCGUUUUUAUUACGCAACAGAGAAAUGAGGACAAUGGGUGGAGGAGGUGAUUUGAGGAGCUACAUCAUGCAGCUAUCUGUUUUAAGCUAUUUAACAAGGACUCUUUGCAUCAGUAAAUAUCCAGCCACGCCACAAAGCCUUCUACUACAUUUCACUGCAGUCGGCCCCGUUCCUCUGGGUAGACAUGACACUCCAAGCUGUGCUAGAGACUGUAGAAAAUGGGAAGCAAGAUACUGUCCUCAAGGUGCUACAGAUCUACAACCAGGAGAAUUCUCACUGUUUCACCUUUGAUGAUGAAGAACAGGAAGAAAGAAAGAAACUGGCCAUGCUUCUGAUCAAGUUCUUGGAGAGAGUUCUCCAGCCGUCUUGUCAAGUGACAUGCUUGGAAAGCAUACGAAUUCUGUCCCGGGAUAAAAAAUGCCUUGGCCCUUUCACCACCAUGGAAAGUUUGAAGACACUAGCCAGGCAUGCUGGGAUUGUUUACAGGGAAGAGCAAAUCCUGGAGGUUCCUGAUCUGGAUGUAAUCCUGGAGGCACUUAAGUGCCUCUGUAAUAUUGUCUUCAGUAGUCCCAGGGCUCAGGAGCUGAUGUCUGAGGCUCGGUUUGUGGUGGGACUUACAGAUCGCAUCAAACUCUACAACGAGAGAAACUUCCCCCAUGACAUAAAAUUCUUUGACCUGCGCCUUCUCUUUUUAUUGACGGCACUAAGGGUGGAUGUUCGGCAGCAGGUUGCACAAGAACUUCGAGGUAUUGGUUUAAUGACAGAUACCCUGGAACUUACACUGGGAGUAAAAUGGAUUGAUCCUCAUGAGGUAGCUACCAAAGGCGAUCCUUCCCUGCCAUUACCUCGGCAGGAGACAGAGCGUGCUAUGGAAAUUCUGAAGAUCCUCUUCAAUAUCACUUUUGAUAUCAACAAAAAGGAAGUGGAUGAGGAAGAUGCUGCUCUGUACCGACGUCUAGGUGCCCUUCUUCGUCACUGCCUGAUGAUUUCAGCAGAUGGUGAUGAUCGGACAGAAGAAUUUCACAGCCAUACAAUCAACCUUUUGGGCAAUCUGCCUCUCAAGUGUUUAGAUGUUUUGCUGACUCCCAAGGUCCACCGGGGCUCCCUUGAAUACAUGGGAGUCAAUAUGGAUGCUGUCAAUGUUCUCCUGAGUUUCCUUGAUCGACGUCUUGAUAGGGGUCAUAAACUCAAGGAGAGUCUUACCCCAGUGUUGAACUUGCUGACUGAAAGUGCACGGGUCCAUCGACAGACAAGGAAAUUCCUUAAAACAAAGGUACUUCCUCCAUUGCGGGAUGUGAAGAAUAGACCUGAGGUGGGAAACUUGCUGAGAAAUAAACUUGUACGCCUCAUGACUCACAUUGACACAGAUGUGAAACACUGUGCUGCUGAGUUCCUGUUUGUACUCUGCAAGGAAAGUGUAUCACGGUUUGUAAAGUACACGGGAUAUGGAAAUGCUGCUGGCCUUCUGGCAGCACGAGGCCUCAUGGCUGGGGGGCAGACAGAAGGCGAAUACUCUGAAGAUGAAGAUACUGAUACAGAGGAAUACAAGGAAGCAAAACCCAACAUUAACCCUAUUACUGGACGUGUGGAGGAAAAGCUUCCCAAUCCAAUGGAAGGGAUGACAGAUGAACAGAAGGAGCUUGAAGCAAUGAAACUGGUGAACAUGUUUGAUAAACUCUCCAGACAGCAGAUCAUCAGACCUAUGGGCCUGGAUUCUGAUGGCAAUUUAAGCUCUGUCAAUGUAACCUCCCUGGAUGAAGCAGUUCAUCAGAUAGCUGAGCAGAGAUUAUCAUCUGAUUCUGAUUUGGAAAUUGACUGAGUUACCCUCCUCUAUUUCUCACAAGUCUAUAGACCUGCUAUUGUCUCUAUAUAUCAGGACUGAUCUUCUGAUACAAACACCUGGAAAAAGACUUUGGGUGGCUUAGAUUCUUCCACCCAGAUCCAUCUAAUUUCUGUUUCGGCAGCGCUACUUCUGUUGAAAGCUUUUUACAGCUUUUUCUUUCUGACUGUCUUUUCUCAUUGUUUUAAGAGUCUCACCCUCUGAUGCAUUCCAAAGACUUUCCAGCAGAUUGGCAAGGAUGCAAGAGAGAGUGGUUUCAAGUGAGCUUAUAGCACAUGAAAUACUAAGAGUACAUACCUAAUUGUUUAGGGAGAAAAAAAUUGUAUGAAUUAGGGACUUACGUUAAUCCCUGGGCCAAGCACAACAUUUUAAAACUGUAUGUUAUGGUUGAUACAUAUAGGAACUGUAGGCAAAUAUGAAUGUAUAUGUAUAGUAUAUAAAAAUAUGUGAACAAAGUGCAUUUUUAUGAAUGCAUUGUGUGACAAUCAAUGUAGUUGCAUACCAUUCCUUUUUACAACACCUUAAGGAUGGUUUGAAAUCUUCAUGAAAGAGCCAUUGUUGAAAGUAUGAGUGAGUGAGUGUGUGUGUGUGUAGGGAAGGAAGUAUGUUUAAAUAAAUAUGGGAAUGUAGGAUUUCCAGAGAAGAAAUGGGGAGCUAAAGAUAGGGGAGCCAACAAUUACAGUGGAAUGAAGAGAUAGCAAGUGGACCAGCUCUUUUGGAUUCCUCUCCAGACAAGGAGAAGACUUGGGAUUGCCCACACCUGGUCAACAGUUGCUCCUCAUGAAGAGUCCAGCAGGUUUAGGGCUCUGGGAGAUGGGAGAGCACUAUCUUCAUCCAAACCAUAGUCCACGUCCUUUUGGACACAAGGUUCACAUACUUCCUCUUUUAAUCACUUGGAAAUUGCUUACUAACUCUCUUCAGAAUCCUUGGAACAACAGAUUUUACAGUAAUGGGUAAUGGACUUUAAAAAAACUUUCUGAUUAAAAACAAAAAAAUGAUUAGAACAUUGAUUUUGGAAAGUAACAAAUGGAGUAAGACUCCAGAUAAAUUUGAAAUAAAAAUUUUGAAAUUAAUUACAAGAAUCCUUUCCCAGGGAAAAUGCUGUCCUUUUGAAUUCUUUAACAAAACGUAAUUUUUUAAAAAAUUGGAUGCCAGAGGGAACUGAAAAUUGUAAUUAAAGGAGGACAUUUAAACUUGACUUAGUAGUAUAGAAUGGAACAAAAUACUGUAAGAUUGGACUUUUUAAGGUAUAUUUAUGAACAAUAGCCCAAAAGUUAAUUUUCAGAAUGUCUGCUGUUGUUAAUAGACUGUUUAAAAGAUGUUAUGGAAGAGGAACUAGUUUUCCUGGAUAAGACUGAGAUGGCCUAAAAGUAAUUUAAAAAUGACAGGCUACACAAAUGAUAUAGACAAAAAAAAUACUACACUGGACAUACAAAUAACAAAUGGACAGAAUGAUCUGGAUAUCUAUCCUAUAUUAGAUUUACAAGAGACUUGUUAACGUUUUGAAGAAUUUUGUGAGAAGAAUAGUAAGAAAGAAAAAAAAUCAAGUUCUAAAACAUUAUUUAAAGUGAUUAAAAAUCAAGUUUGUUAAAAAUAAAAGUAGAACUAUAAAGUUGGUGUAUUUGAUCAAGUUAAAAUAACCCUCGUAAUGGACUUUUUGUUGAUCAGGACUAAUGAAGUUUUAAGGAUUUGUUUAGAGAUGAGAUCUAGUAAGAGAUCAUUUGUAUUUUAAAAGAAGAUAAAAAGAUAUUAAAAUUGUUUAUGCUUGUGAUAAAAUAGGGGAGUUAUUUCUUUAUAUUCAUUUUCCUUACUAUAUUUUUCUUUUGUUUUCUGCACUUUUUUCUGUAAAUUAUUUUAUUUUUUUCCCUAGUUUGUAUUAGCAUUUAAAUUUUUAAUUGUAAUGUUUAAUAAAAUUACCACACAAAAUAAAAUAUGGGAAUAUAUGGGAAAUACAGAGAUGUAUUUGGUCCACAAUGAAGUAUAUGUAGAUACAGUAUUUGCAGUAGGACUUUGAUCUUUCCAGUUGUAACGCUACAUUUGUGUUCCUCUUCCUAUAUGUUAGUUGUCUAAAAAAACAUUGCCCUUUGUACUGUUGAGACAAAAGACUGCUUUAUUUCCAUAAAUUAUCUGCUUUAUUUUCUGUAUUUCGAUAGUAUUUUGCAUUCAUGGGUUACUUUCAUCCUUUACCUGAAUUUAAACUUCCUGGUUUAGAAAGGAAUUCCAUUUCCCAGCUUGUUUUCAUUUUACUAGCAAUUCAAAACUUAGCACAAAUGUAAAUUAAAAAUUUUCAUUGGAAUAAACAAAGCCUUCCAAUACCAAGAUGUGUAUUUUUGUCUAUACUUAUUUGGAUGGUGAUUCUUAAAAACGGAUAUUUAUAAAAGAUGUAAGGCAUAGCUAAAAUCAAUGUAGAUUCCAUUUACAGAAAUAUUACAGUCAAGACAAUAUUCAGUUGAUAAGGGAAGAACAAAAUAUAAAUUUCAUUAAUUAUAUGUUCAAUCUGUAGUGCUAGUUUGUUUGGAAAAUUUAACCUGAUUUACUGAUCUUUCAGCCACUUCAAAAUUUGAAUAAGGGAAUUUGUCACAGUUUAUGAAGAUAACAUGGCAAGAAAGGGGAAAUUGUGAUUUUCCUCAGAUUUUGCUGGAUUACAUUUCAAAACAUUUUUUUUACCUUAGCCUAUUUUGGCUAAGGCUGUUGAAAGUUGUAGUCUUACCAACAAACUUAUGAAGAGCGCUUCACUGUUAUGACUACUAUAAAAUGAAACCAAAAAUCCUUAAAAGGCACACCACCAUCUCCUUUAAGAAGAUAAUAAACAGGAAACUAGUUAACUGAUGUUGACUGCUGAAUAGUUGAAUUGUUUGAUGAAACCAAAUUAUAAGGAUGUUUUGAAAUAUAAGUAUUAAAUAAAAUCAAAAUCAGAAUAAAAGCUUUAAUUAGUCAAAGGAAAUAUUGAGCUAUUGUUAAAAUGCAUUUUAUUUUGCUUUAAAUUGAACUGUAGUUGCAAGAGCCACACAUUCAUCCAGCAGCUACAGUAUAGCAUUCUUGUAUAUGCUCAUUCUUACUAGAAAUGUUGAUGCAUAAACAAGUUAUCUUUUCAAGUUACAUAAGUAAUAUCUGCGAAUUAAUAUACACUAUUUUAAGAACUUUUUCUUUACACAUUGAUAAAUAAAGCUGGAAUUCACUUUUGAUAAAAACUGCAGUCCCAAUUUGAUUUCUUCCAAGUGGGUAGAAAAUUGUGGAUUCAGUAUGAAUGAAAUAAUACUCUUGUUGAGGUUCUGACUAAAACACCCCAGUUCUGUGAUAUUUUUUAAAUGAUUCAGA